GGGCUCCGGUAUGAUUCCCUCGGGCUGCUGCCUCUUCUGUUGGGGUCACAGCAGUCGUCAAAAAGCCUGAAGAGCAUCGAGCCCCGCGAAUACUAUGUCUCAAGAGACCGAUCACCCACCGGCUAAGAAGUUUAAGCCGGGCUCUCCUCCAUUCCACUUCAAACGGAAAGGGGUGGUGCAGCCCGGGCCCAAGAAGACCCCGGUGCCCAUGGAGCUGCAGCGUCGGAGCCUUCCCAUUUACCAUGCCCGGGCUCAGCUGAUAGGCCAGCUCCGGCAGCAGGACAGCGCGGUGAUCAUAGGUGAAACUGGCUCGGGCAAGACUACCCAGAUCCCACAGUACCUGUAUGAAGCGGGCAUAGGACGCCAGGGUAUCAUUGGUGUGACACAGCCUCGCAGAGUUGCUGCUAUAUCGCUUGCCUCCAGAAUCUCAGAGGAGAAGAGAACGGUACUAAGUAAACUGGUGGGCUACACAGUCCGUUUUGAAGAUGUCACAUCAGAAGAAACCAAAAUAAAGUUCCUCACUGAUGGCAUGUUGCUCCGUGAGGCAAUUGGAGAUCCACUUAUGCGCAAGUACAGUGUGAUUAUUCUGGAUGAAGCCCACGAGAGGACAGUACAUACCGAUGUUCUUUUUGGGGUUGUGAAAUCGGCACAAAAGAAACGACAGGAGCUGGGGAAGCAUCCUCUCAAAGUAAUUAUCAUGUCUGCAACAAUGGAUGUGGACCUAUUUUCCCAGUACUUUAAUGGAGCUCCAGUUCUUUACCUGGAAGGCAGGCAGCAUCCUAUCCAGGUGUUCUACACCAAACAACCUCAAAGUGAUUACCUCCAAGCUGCACUGGUCACAGUGUUCCAGAUCCACCAGGAGGCACCAACAUCUCAUGAUAUCUUAGUGUUUCUCACUGGUCAGGAAGAGAUUGAAGCAAUGACCAAAACAUGUAGAGAUAUAGCAAAGCACCUACCAGAUGGGUGCUCACAUAUGGUCGUGAUACCUCUGUAUGCCUCUUUACCCCACUCUCAGCAAAUGCGAGUUUUUCAGAGUGCACCAAAGGAUCAUCGCAAGGUUAUCCUUUCCACCAACAUCGCAGAAACGUCCAUUACCAUACCAGGAAUCAAGUAUGUGGUAGAUACAGGCAUGGUUAAAGCAAAGAAAUACAACCCAGAAAGUGGCCUUGAGGUAUUGGCUGUACAGCGAAUAUCGAAAGCCCAAGCCUGGCAACGCACAGGGAGAGCUGGGAGAGAGGACAGCGGUAUAUGUUACAGACUCUACACAGAGGAUGAGUUUGAAAAGCUUGAGAAAAUGACUGUGCCUGAGAUACAGAGGUGUAAUUUGGCCAGUGUGAUGCUACAGCUUCUGGUACUGAGAGUUCCAAAUAUCCUCACAUUUGACUUUAUGUCCAAGCCCUCCCCAGACUCUAUACAGGCUGCUAUCGAGCAGCUGGAUCUGUUGGGUGCAGUGGAGAGGAAAGAGGACCAAAUUACCCUAACACCACUAGGAAGGAAAAUGGCUGCUUUUCCUCUGGAGCCCAAAUUUUCAAAGACUAUCCUCAUUUCCCCAAAAUUCCACUGUACAGAAGAGAUCCUGACUAUUGUGUCUCUGCUGUCUGUGGACAGUGUUCUCCACAACCCACCUGCUAAGCGGGAUGAGGUACAGGCAUCCAGGAAGAAAUUCAUCUCUAGUGAGGGUGACCAUAUCAGUUUGCUUAAUAUCUAUCGCGCCUUUAAGAAUUUGGGUAAAAAUAAGGAAUGGUGCAGAGAAAACUUCAUCAAUGCCAGGAAUAUGCUGUUGGUUUCAGAGGUCCGUUCCCAGCUGAGAGACAUUUGUAUUAAGCUCUCAAUGCCCAUUGAGUCCUCAAGAACAGACACCCGGAAUAUUCGACAAUGCUUGGCCCAUGGGCUGUUCAUGAAUUCUGCCGAGCUGCAGCCCGAUGGAACGUACACCACAGUGGACACACACCAACCAGUAGCCAUCCAUCCUUCUUCUGUCCUCUUCCAUUGCAAGCCAGCCUGUGUCAUUUACAAUGAACUCCUGCACACUUCAAAAUGUUACAUGAGAGACCUGUGUGUUGUGGAUACGGACUGGUUAUUUGAGAGUGCGCCAGAAUAUUUCAGGAGGAAGUUAAAAACGGUUAAGUCCUGAAUCUGAUUUCAGUUUUAGUUUAGUUAUAGGCCAUUAUAACAUCAGCUGGUAACAAUCCUUAUUUUCUGUCCGGCUAAUUAUGACAACUCCAGGCCAGUCCUGCUUAUGUUCGGCUGUGUGCUUAUUUGUUAAAAAUACACACGUUUGUGACAAGAUUAAA